GUUCACCUACAUCACCGGUCCUAUCGCUUUAACGGGACGGGCGGUGACGUUGAUACGGGCACGCGGAGCUGAGAGAGCGGGCUGCAGCAGCGGGAUCGACUCCGACCGGGACCAGAACAGCAGCGGCCUACAGACCGGCACCCUGUUGUCUCCGUCCUCCUGAGAGGCAGCGUGUCCAUUUGAGCCCCGCUAUGAGAGACUACACGGCGACUCCGAGCCACGGAGGCUCCUGCAUGCUGUGCUGCCAAGUUUGCGUCUUCUUCUUUACCGCAUUUCUCCUCGUUGCAGAGAGGACGGCGCUGAUCUACUGCUUUGUGUACUACCUGUGGGUGGGUCACAACUACUGUUAUGCCCAUCUUGCCGGCUUCACUGCCCUGUUCCUCCUGCCUGGUUGGGGUCCCCAGUGGCUCAGUUAUCUGUGGUACCUGUCAGACGGACGCAUACGCAGGAAGUCUCUCACCUGGACGCACAUACUGCACCUGGGUAUCUUUAAAAGGCUGUGGGAGUGUAUGCGUCUACCUGAUGAGGAUGUGUACACUGAGAUCAUGCAGCAGGCUGAUGUCUCUGCCUUACGACUGUUUGAAGCGUUGGUGGUCACCCUCCCUGAGACGCUGCUGCAGACCUAUGUUCUCAUCUGCACCGACAUUGGGCUCAAAUCGCCAGCCUCGGUGUGUUUUGCAGUGUGUGUGUUGUCUCUUGCCUGGGCCCUGGUCCUCUAUGCCAGAGCCUGUUUACUCAUCAGACCAGGACACCUACAAAUGACCCCUGCUGCCAUUCUCUGUCGACUGCUGUGGAGGGUCAGUAUGUUGGGAUCUCGAUUUGCUGUUCUCAUGCUCUUCACACGCGUCUUCAACCAGUGGGUGCUGGGAGUCAUUGGUGUGCACUGGUUGGGUGCAACCUUCUGGAUGGUGUCGCAGCAGACUGACAUCAUACGCUCAACUAGUCGAUGGAGACUCUUCAACCUCGUGCUGGGAGCCAUUCACAUCUUUUUCUUCCUCAAUGUGAAGUACGGCCAGUCGAGAUACCGCAUGGCUGGGUUCUACCUGGCCAUGUUUGUAGAGAACGCUUUUCUCCUUCUGGCCUCCUCUUGGUUAUUCACCAUGGUGUCCUGGGAUACUGUUGGCAUCCCAGCUGCAGUGUUCUGCAGCUUCCUCAUUGGAGUGAUAGCGUUGGUGCUGUACUAUCGUUUCCUCCACCCUAAGUCAUUUGAGAUUUUCCAGAGUAUUCGCCAUAGAGGGAUAGGUGGAGCCUGCCAGGAGCGUGGAUCUACGCUUUCACUGGAGGAGAAAGUCACACCUACUUUCCAUCGGCACGCGACUCUGUCUGGAGGGGGGACCCUCAUGGAUCUCCCUAUCCAGUGGGAGGGCUGGAAGCAUCACCACUGGUUGCUGAUUCGCUUGGCUCUGAAGACCGGAAAUGUAUCAAUGAUCUGGUCGGCAUAUGGCGAAGGAGGACUGGCUGGACUGAUCGGUCUGUCUGAAGAAUAUCAUUCCCCUGAUGAACCUCGUAUCCCUCGGAUUCCACCUGUUCAGCGGCAGUUUCCUCAGAUCUCACCACCAGCUCUUCAGCCAGCUCCACCACAGGUGACCCAAGCUCCACAGGUGAGAGCGGUGGUCCAGAUACCGAAACCAACUCCCACCAGCGCUGUGGCCAGACCAGUGAGAAAAGCUCCUCCCACAACGAUGCCAGAUAUGAGAAGGCUUCCAGAGAUUAUCCCGGUACGGGAGGUCAUUCCUGAAGAGAGCACUGAAGAAGUGUCCAGCGCUGCACUGUCAGAGGACAAAGGUGAUGAAGAGUUUCAGAGCGCUGCUUAUGGCUCACCCACACCUUCAUCUCCGCGGCACCCAGGAAGCCUCCCACAUGUCGACAGUAACGCUGGGACCCUGACUGAGGCCUCAUCCUCUGUAACUUCUCUGGACAUCAAGACUCCUGGCUGGUCUCCUGAGCGACGCUCCCCUUUCCUGCUAGCUUCCCCAGAGAAAAAAUUUGGGAUCCCUGGAGAGACCACACUGUACUUCAGUGCAGAUGCCCAGUCUCCAUCCAGUGGGAGCUACCUCGGCUGGGGCUCCGAGCUGUCACCCAUCUCUACCUAUCGAAGCCCCUACCGCAUCAGGGAGGCCCGUUUUGUCACAUCCACCCCGCGACUGGAGCCUCGAGCUGAGAGUCCAGGCCCGGCUCUGGUGGUUGUGACCCCUGCCACUCCAGGUACAACACCAGGCGCCACUCCAGGUGGGACCCCCAGUGCUUCUACACCUGCUGCUUCAACUCCUGCUGCCUCAACUCCCGGCGCGUCGACUCCUGGUCUCACUACACCUGGUACCUCAGUUGCUCCACUCACUCCAGUCAUCUCCCAUGCUCGCAAGCAGAUGGUCCAGUUUGUGGAAAGGGCAGUGUAAGGAAGAUGGGAUGAAGGGAAAGGGAGAGCCUGGGUGUAGAAUUGUGUCUUUUUCAGUGUAGCUGUUGAAGAUAUACAUGACGUCACGCUUUAAUUAACCUGGGUAACGCACUCCACAGUAAAAAGUAAUUGACUUUCUCCCCUGAUGUGCAGACACAGACGUUAAAGGUACAGAAAAUCAGGCUGCAUGGGUGACCCAGUAGCAAAACACUUGCCAAACUCUUUAGGUACACUGGUUCAGGUCUUAACAUUAGUACGUCUGACUUCGGCGAUCGUUCCAGCUACCACAUUUAGCAGUGUUUGUAGAUGGCGAGUUGCUGAGGGAUGCAUGGAUUCUCCUCACAUGAGAUGCUCCUUGUAGGCGGGUGAAAAAGAAGCAUUUAGAAAGUCCUUGUGUAUUUGGGUGACACGUGGCUGUCUGCUUCCUGUGCAAGCCAUCGGAGCAGCUAGCAGCGACAACCACAGUAAAGGAAUUGUCUGUUCCAAAUUGUGGAAAAAAGUCAGUUUUUGUAUUUUUUACGUUCAUAACUAGCUGCUGUAAAGCAUUGAUUAUAAGUUUUGGAUUAAUAUUCGCAGAUGAUUAAAUCUGGGCUACUCAUCAGAGGAAAACUUUCACAGGUGCUAAUGAAUGUGGCAUCACAUUCAGUGACUUAGAAAACCCUGUUAGUAACUAACCUCGUUUUGUCAAGUCAGUUUACAACUGGUGAAACUUAUCGGCAAAGAAAUUAUUGAAAUGUUCAUAAUUAUUAUGAUACUGAAAUAGUUGUUUGUGAAUGAAGGUCAAGUUAGUGAAACGCUGCUUGGAUCUCAUUGACAAAUGAUUUUCUAAAUGAACCAGGAGGUUAAGGCAGUUUACAGUAACCGAACAUGCUGCCUGCACAGCUGCUGUGCAGAAUCUCAUGUAAAGCCACUCAACGAUAACAGGCUCUCUUUCUUAAUUAGUCUGAUACUGUUAAAAAAACAUUGAUCUGUUAUGAGUCAGUGCUCUUACUAUUCUUUUAAAGGCUUAUUGUUUUUUUUACAAAACUUUUUGAUGUUGUGCGUCCCGUCCAGUUUCCGGGCAGCUGCUCUUUCAUCCAGUCAGUUGCUCACAGUAUUUACAGAACAGUAAGUACAUGGUUGGUUUUUAAACACAUUACUGUCACAUAUUACACAAAGAAACAGUUUGUGAAAUAGUGAAAUAUGUCUGUCUUAAAUAUGAGACAGACAAGUGAUAAAAGCAAAGAUCUGAAGGAACAAAUUUUACAAAUGAUAUGUUUUACUUUUAUGUGAACUGUAAAUGCAGUAAUUUCAGUCAGUCACCACUUUACAGCAGAACAGGUACUACUCAAGUUCACCAGAAUGACUGGAGCAUGCAAUUCUACAAAAUACACCAUGAUUAUAAUGUAGGAAUUUGUCAAAGUGAAAUGAAACAAUAUAGAAAAAUAACAUACUAUAGAAUAAUGCAGCCUAUAAAAGGAGUAUCAACUGAUGCUUCUAUAAUUAUAGGCCUUUUAUUUUCAUUUAUCUAAUAUUUCUUUAUUUGUUGAUGCCUGCUGUUAUCUGUUUUAGUGAUCAGAUAUUUAUAUAGAGUGAUCUCAACUCUUGUAAUGUUAGACCUCCCAAAAAUGAGGUGACAGAAACGGCUAAUUUUAGAGGACAACAAACAGACCCGUUCUACAGGACAUAAUAAAUGAAUGUAUGUUCUUGUCUGUAACAGAGAGGAUGUAGUGUCAUGAACACCUCUGAUAGCCACAUUUUUGUUUCUUUUUAACUCAUGAAAGAAGGGAAGUGUAUGACUGAUGAUAAGAAUUAAUGAUGAUGGAUGAAAAUGAACUGCAGUCUUAGCAUUUGUCAGUUCCAUUCACUGUUAGCUCACUGUCUAUGUUGUUUUCUCUGACUAAGCUAUUGUCCCAAAUUCUUGUGGCCCCAGUAUUUUUAAUUCACCACCUGUGUAUUGAUAGGUCAAAGUUUUUACUGUGUCUGCUACCCUCAUUGUUAGCAUUUAGUACAGUUUUCUCUUGUUAGCAUCCAUUUAUAUGACUUGGUUUUACUGAUGAGCACUAACCAUGGGUGGACUGAGGUCAGGGGACCCUGGAGCUGAGCCUCUGUGUGAAGUGACUGUUAAUAUUUCUUGUUUUAAAUGUGUAUUGUUUUUAAACAAGACUACAAAUAACUAUAAAAUGAACACAACACACAGAAUCAAAAUAACCACAAAAAGAUGCAAAAGCAACACAAAAACUACCAAAAAGAGACACAAAAUGUCUGAGGGUUAUAAGGGAAGGAGGCCUUUUUACCUGAAUAUGCUCAGGGACUCUUUUUCUCAUAACCCCUUCAUGGCACUAAUGCAAGGCAAAUCUAGAAACAGUGUUUUUGCACUGUGCACCUGUGCAAACGUUGUGUGUGAAACCAGCUGCUAUGACAAUACCAAGGCUCAUUUUCCUUUCUGUAGGCAAAAUGUAACUUAUCAGUUUAAUGCUAAAUGAGAAACAACUUCAACAGAUGCAGACAAUCAGUGGAAAUAAAUAAUCCAGACUUAAAAUCUAUGUUGUUGUUCUUUGGAACAGGAUUAGGGCUGUACAAAAAAGCUUUCUUCUCAAAAUUCUGACUUUUUUCAGACUUCUGAGUUUAAAGUCAGAAUUCUGAGAAAAAGGUCAGAACUCGGUGGCCCUCAUCCUCUUCUUAGUUCUUCAGCUGUGGCCCUUUAGACUCAUUUAAUAAUACACAUGUACCAUUACACUGGACUGUACCAUACAUUAUUUUUAAAAUGAAAAUUAAAUUGAAAAUGGGCAAAGUGUUAAAUGUGUAACUGUUUAACUCUAACUUUCUGCUGUAAAUCCACACCUGUGCAUCAUCCUUCACUCCUGUCUCAGAAAAACUGAAUUUUCAUGUGAAAAAAAUUGUUAUCUCAUGAGAAAGUGUACUCGCUCGCUGUAUGACUGAGCAGAGCUUUUAUUUAUUCAUGUCAAAACCUUUUCAUUAUGUAGCUACCAGAUGGAGGGAAACUAGUCAAGAAUGGAAAUGUUUCAAGAAAGGGAUCAAAUGUGCUGCUAAGGGUUUCACAUUUUGUUCACAUCAAUAUUUUAUCAUGUUUUGAUUAAUUUUUAAUCACAGUGUGGCAUUUAACACUUGUAAUUUUCUAUUUUUUUUAUCAGCUGUAGUGUUUUAUUUACUUUGUUUUUAAACAAAAUAAUGUCUGUGUCUGUAAUUAACCCUUACAUAGCUGAGUUGCUCAUGUUUGAAGGUGAUAAAGCAUAGGCAGCACCUUGAGAAUAUACUCUAAACUGCACUUCAUACAACCAAGUGCAGAGAAAAACGUGCUUCUGGCUCUAUCAAACCAUGCACUGCAGCUUGCUGAUAGCUGGAGUCGCUGCAUGUUACUUGCUCAUACAGGCAAGCAGAGAAAUGUGUCUGUUCCCACAGAGAAGUAAAGCACUUACUGGAAUUACACACACCUUACAGUAGUUAAAACAUAUGCUAGAACCUAUGUUUACACAACAGCAACAAGUCAGUGAAUGUAAUGUAUAUAUGUAUACCGAUGAAAAACAUCUGCACACAUGCUUUAGACUGCAGCGAUCCCUCGGUGUGAUCACCAUGAAUCAGCUCUUUGACUCACAGUAAGUCAGCUCCUGUAUGUGCAUUGCUUUGUAUUUGUACAGAAUGAUUGGCUUUGUGUACCUGCUGUGUAUAAUACUAUGUGAUUGUGUUUCUAAUGUUGUAUUUUAAAAGUGUUCUUCUUUAUAUUUGUUCACAUUUACUGGUAUGAAAUGUGUGGGCAGCCAUUGUGCAGGAUUUCAAGUUGGUUUUGUGCUGAAGUUUUACGUUUUCAUCGACAGACUGGAGUUUGUCGAUUCACUAUAACAUCACAGUCAGUGGAUGAUUUAUCCACAUGCAUCACCUCAACUCUAAACCUGUGGUAGGUGGUAGUGAGUCAUUAACUAUUGAUGUGACACAAU